GUUAACUUUGCCUCCUUCAUCGUUUUAUCUUCUCUGCUCUUCACUCUCCGUUUCCUCUUCCUCUUACUUAGUCGAAUCUUCUCUUUCUCUGACUGACUCGUUCUAAAAUCUCUUGUCCCCCUGUUUAAGAUGGUUGAGGCUGGUGGAGUAGCACCAGCAUUAACUGCGUUAGUGCUUAAGGCCCAUUCUUCAAAAGAUGGCACCUGCAUUGACAAACGAGCAGAAGGUUAUGUGGAGGCAGCUGAAGCUCUUGCCUUGGAGCGACCACAAAGUGCCACUGCGACUGGUGAAAAUGUCUCUGCGCUCUCUACCCAGCAGCUCAAUGAUGCUUAUAUUGAAAGUCUAUGGGCUUGGUUCACUUCAGUAUGUUGAUGCUGAACCCAAGGAGUCUCCGGCAGCUUCUCUACGUAGAAACGUUGGAGUUGAUGGACGAUUGACCACUGUGGAGGGUGUUGUGACUGGGUUGAAGGAUGACGUUUCUGGGUUGAAAGAUGACGUUUCUGGGUUGAAACAAACCAUUGACUUGUUGUUGAAGAUGAAUGGAGUCGAUCCUAUUACCCGUCAACCUAUUCCACGUGAGAGUGGUGCAUCUGCUCCAAGUCUGAUUCUAGCCAAGAACUUAACCAGCACUCUCCCACUCAUUAGCACUUCUAUCUAUCCUAGGUGUAUUUUGUGUUUCCUUGUGCAAUAUCAAUCUCUAACAUCAUUAGAUGUCUUUUUGUAAAAAAUCAUUAGAUGUCUUUUUGUAAAAAAUCAUUAGAUGUCUGUUGUUAAAACAUCAUUAGAUGUAUUUUGUAAUUAAAGAACAUCAGUAGAUGUCUUCUUUAACUUCAAAUUGUAAUGUUAAUUUGAAUGAUUAGCUAAUUA